AUGCAAAAUUGGAGUACCGUUGGAGUGGAACCUUGUAUGGAGCAAACCAUGGGUCCAGGUGUUCCACCAAGGGUUGGUCAGUUUCAUCAAACUCCAAAAAAUCAUCCGUGGAGACCCACUUUGGGAUAUGAAAAUGUUGAAGUUACUCCAUUGCCUAUGCAACCGGUUACUAAUUCUCUGUUAGAUACAUGCUAUACCCCUACAGGAAUGGCCACUGAGCCAUUAAGGUUCCCUAACUUAGUGACAGGUUUUGAUAGAAAUCCUGCUAAUGCAGCCAGAGCAGCUCUUUAUACAAGAUAUACUCCAUAUGAAUGGACGCAGAAUAAUAUUAGUCAGUAUAAUGAAGCAGAUUCAAACAGAAACUUUUCUGAAAAAGCUAGGGCAGAUGCCUGUCGUGUAAUGAGAGAAGCAGAUGAACUUGCAAAUUCAGCACAACGUGAAGUAGGUAGAAGAAUUGGGGAAAGGAUAAAUGACUUAACUUUUUGGACAAGUGAACUACAGAAUGAAUUGGAAAAAAUGGUACAAGAAUCAAAGUUAUUGCAAGAUUCAAGAAGAGUAUUGGAAAAAACUAUACAAGAUUUAGAAGCACCUUUACACAUUGCUCAAGAAUGCCUUUAUCAUAGAGAAAACAGAACAGGAGUGGAUCUCGUUCAUGAUGAAGUUGAACAAUCACUCCUUCGCGAAAUAAAUCUAAUCAAAAAAUGUCAGGCAGAACUUCAUUGUUUAUUUAAAAAACUCAAGGAUCAGCUGCGUAAUAAUAGGGCUUCUCAACAUGAAUUAGAAAGAGAUUUGAGAAUGAAGGAACAAGCCAUGGGUAUUGAUAAUCUUGCGCAUUCUUUAAAUAAUUUUUCCAGAGGUAUUAAUUAUUACGGUGGAAUAGAAAAUUAUGACAACACAAUCACAACGCCAGAGACGUGGAUUGAAUUUUCUAAUCAAAACAUACAAAAAUCACAAGCUGAGCGAGCAAAAUCAGCUCAAAUUCGAACUGAUACUGAUAAUAUAAUUAACGCUCAUGCAAAUGAUUGUUGGAACGCUUGGACUUCCACAAAUGCUGCAUUAGAACGUCGAGCAAACGAAAUGUUGGAUGCUAAGCAAAAAUUACAGAUGCAUCUUCACAAGAUUCAACGUGAGAUAUUUGAUGUGGAGAAAAAUAUUGAAAUGUUGAGAAAAUCAAUCCAAGAUAAAUCUUUGCCAUUAAAAGUAGCUCAAACGAGACUUGAAGCAAGAGCUCACAGGCAAGAGAUUGAAUUAUGUCGAGAUCCAGCUCAAAACAGAUUAGUAAUUGAAAUUAAAGAUAUUCAAGAUUCCAUUGAAAAACUUCAUUUAAAACUUCAAGAAGCAGAAGCUCAACAUCAGCAACUUUUAAAAACGAGAAGCAAUCUCGAGUCAGAACUUGCAAAUAAAGUAAAUUCAUUAUUUAUCGAUAGAGAAAAAUGUCUUGGAAUGAGAAGAUCUUAUCCUAUAACAGCAACUAUUAAAUAUUAA